AUGAAUGUGUUUCAAUCCUUGGCCAACACAAUACAAACCCUGGCUGACAAGGUAGAAGUCACACCUGACACAACACAAGCUGUAUUCAAAGUAGCAGAAGCUAUGGCUGUUCCCCCACCUCCACCAACAAUGUCAUCAUCACCAUAUCAAGCUCCUCCACCUGCACCAAUGUCAUCAUCAUCAUCACAUCAAGCCAUAACUACCACAACACCAACACCACAAACACUGAAGUCUGCAGAAGGUGUGUAUUUGACCAAUACCAAUAAUCCUUGGUAUGGGACAGUUUGUUUUGCAUGCAAUUAUAAAGGGCAUCGAGCAAACAAAUGUCCCAACUUAAGGCCAGAACAUUUAGAAGUAGCAUCAUCUGUUGCUAAUAGUAAAUUCAGAAUGGGAUUUAUGCCCUCUGAUGCCCAUUUACACCUCCCACACAUAUGA